AUGGCUGGGAAAGUGAACAAGUUUGAAACGCCGAGCUCAGCAAGCUCAGAUAGUGACUCUGAAUUAGCAUUGGAGAUAAGUGAGCAAGUGUUUAUUGAUGAUGAGGAUUACAAUCGGGCUCCAGCUUCACCUACUACUGUCCCCAACGUAAGGUCAUAUAGACCUCCUUCCACAGGCUCAAAUAUCCUAAAGUCUCCCCGCGGCAGACGAGUUCGAACCACAUCAAUGUCUCAACCAAAUAAGAAGACCACGGCAGAGAGUAUACUGCAUGCAGACAGAAGAACGAUAUAUACGGCGGGAAGACCGCCCUGGUACAACUGCACUGGAGGACAGGAGGUGGAACCUUUUCUAAUUGGAAUAUGUGGUGCCAGCGCUUCUGGCAAAACCACAGUAGCCGCCAAAAUAAUUGAAUCUCUCAACAUACCCUGGGUUACAAUUGUCAGUAUGGACUCGUUUUAUAAGGUGCUAAAUGAGAAGCAGCAUCACGCGGCGAAUCGUAAUGAAUACAACUUCGAUCACCCGGAUGCGUUUGACAUGGAGCUUCUGGAAAGUGUCCUCCAGCGUUUAAAAGAAGGGAAGAAGGUGGAAGUUCCUAUUUACAAUUACGUUACACAUUCGAGGGAGAACCGUACUAAAACGAUGUACGGAGCGAACGUGAUAAUAUUCGAGGGAAUUCUCGCGUUCUACAACGCACAAGUGUUGAGCAAACUCGAUAUGAGGGUGUUCGUAGAUACGGAUGCCGAUAUCCGACUCGCGAGGCGUUUGAGGAGGGAUAUAGUCCAACGCGGUCGUGACCUAGAGGGUGUUCUCAAACAGUACAUGACGCACGUGAAGCCAGCCUAUCAGAACUACAUAGCACCCUGUAUGGCCCACGCUGAUAUCAUUGUUCCGAGGGGUGGAGAGAACAAAGUCGCCAUUUCACUUAUUGUACAACAUGUCCACAAACAGUUGCAGUUGCGCGGCUUCAAAGUCCGUGAAAAGUUAGCGAUCGCGCACGUGGGUCAGCCCGUACCGGACUCGCUCUACGUACUCAAGGAUACUCCGCAGGUGCAAGGGCUCCACACAUUCAUUCGUAACAAAGACACGCCGAGGGAUGAGUUCAUAUUCUACUCGAAGCGUUUGAUGCGAUUGGUCAUAGAGUUCGCGUUGUCCCUCUUGCCGUACUCCGAACAUCAAGUGGACACGCCCCAAGGAUUCACUUACACUGGUCGUAAAUGCGACGUCGAAAAGAUCUGUGGCGUUUCGAUCCUUCGAGCCGGAGAGACGAUGGAGCAGGCCGUGUGCGACGUGUGCAAGGACAUUCGGAUCGGGAAGAUUCUCAUUCAGACGAACCAGCAGACUGACGAGCCGGAGCUGUACUACCUCCGUCUCCCUAAAGACAUAAAGGACUACCGCGUGGUGCUGAUGGACGCGACGGUGGCGACUGGGGCCGCGGCCAUGAUGGCCGUCCGGGUGCUUCUGGACCACGACGUGCCGGAGGAGCACAUCAGUCUGGUCUCUCUGCUGAUGGCUGAGAUCGGGGUGCAUUCUAUCGCUUACGCCUUUCCCAGGGUGAAAAUAAUAACCUCGGCGUUAGAUCCGGAAAUAAACGAGAAGUUCUACGUGUUGCCCGGUAUCGGUAACUUUGGGGACCGCUACUUCGGUACGGAGCCCUCUGACGAGGAAUGA